AUGUCGUUCAUCGCUUCGUCGGCUCGUGCUAGUGCCUUUGGCCUACUCGCGCGCCCCCUCCGUGCCCCCACGGCUCUUGCGGCCCCCCGCGCUGCCGUGCGUGCCUACUCUGACAAGGCCGCCGAGCAGGAGGCGCCGAAAGAGGAUGCGGAGGCACCGAAGGAGGAGGGCGCCACCGACGCCGAGGCGCAGCUGAAGGAGAAGGAAGAGCGUAUUAAGCAGCUCUCUGACCAAGUGUUGUACGGCAAGGCCGAGCUCCAGAACCUCCAGCGCCGCGCUGCGGAAGAGAAGACGAGCGCCGGCCAGUUUGGCAUGUCCAAGCUCGCCAAGGACCUCACGGAGUCGAUUGAUAUUUUGGACAUUGCGCUCAAGACCGUGCCCGAGCCCCUGCGGACGCUUAACAAGGACUCUGCGGAGACCGACGCGCACAAGGCGCUCGCCGACUUUUACGACGGUGUCAGCCUCACCCGCAAGAGCUUGCUUGACAUGCUCCGGACACACGGCAUCACGCAGUUCAACCCUACCGGCGAGGAGUUUGACCCCAAGCUGCACGAGGCGCUGUACCAAGCGCCCAUUCCUGGCAAGACCCCUGGCACUGUGCUCGACUGUAGCAAGGUCGGCUACAUGAUCAAGGACCGCCUUCUGCGCGCCGCGCAGGUCGGUGUCGUGCAGGACACCGCAUAG